UUCCUGAAAUAAAGGAUGUUGAAAUUUAGACAUUUCAUCAAGAUAGAUGAUGUUAUAGUUUUAGGAUAAAAUCAAAUAAUUUGAGGAUAAUUACAUUGUUCAAACUAUGACAUUUUAGAUAAAAUAAUGACCAAAUUUUCACCUGAGGUGAAAGUUCCAGGGGGGCUCAUAACUAUGCAAAGAGUUGUCGUGGUAAGAACAACUGCACUGAUUGUUUCUAACCGUUGGAUUAACCACUCAUGUUGAUUCACUUUUACUUGAAAUAUUUUGUUUGUGUGAUCAAAGUCUAAAUGUAUGUUGUUGUCACUGCUUGAUAUUGAAAUUAUUUUUAUUUAUUUUUUUGCUUUGUAUAGCAAUGUCUACUCAAGUAGAAGCAAACCCAACUCAAGAGGUGAAUCAACAUGAGCCUAUAGAUUCAACUCAAGCAGAAGCACACCCAACUGAAGCAAAUGAAGAUGAAGACCCAGUUCUUGGGAGAAAGAGGAAAAAAACAAGUAAAAUUUGGGAGGAUUUUGAUUUAGUUAAAAUUAAAGGUGUUAUGAAAGGUGUACCGAAAAGGAAAUUGCAUAUGAGUACCGAAAAGAGACAAACCACUAUUCCAUUUCAGCCUUCAAAUGCAGUUAAUCCCUUUAUUGUUCCUGGUGCUAGAUACUGUAACGAAAAGAUGAGGGAAAUAAUGGCAACUGCUAUGAUGGUUCAUGAGAAUCCUUUUAAUGCUGCCGAACAUCAGAUUUGGGUGUGGGCCUUCGAAUAUGCAAAUUCUGAAUUUCGCAAAGUUUCACAUAAAACUGCAAGAAAUGAUUGUGUGGCACUAUAUGAGAAGGAGAAGAAAAUUUUGAAGACACAAUUGGAAAGUGUGAGCAAGAUUAGUUUAACUACAGAUAUGUGGAGAUCUAGCCACCAAGUAGUUGAAUAUAUGGUCAUAACAGGACACUUCAUUGAUGUAGGGUGGAAUCUAAACAAAAGAGUUUUGAGUUUUGUGAAAGUGCCUGCACCUAGGCGUGGUAUUGAUGUUGCCGAUGCGAUUUAUAAAUGUUUGAAGACUUGGGGGAUUGAAAAUAAGGUUUUUUCAGUAUCUGUUGAUAAUGCUUCUUACAACGAUUCAUGCCUAAGAUGUCUCAAAGAUAAUUUAUCUCUAACUGGUAAGUUGAUCCUCGGAGGCUCAUUGUUUCAUGUUAGAUGCUGUGCCCAUAUAUUGAAUUUGUUAGUGCAAGACGGCCUUAGUAAAAUUAAGGACACUAUUUUCAAUAUCCGUGAAAGUGUCAAAUAUAUUAAUCACAAUGAUGGAAGACUAAAGGCAUUCUGCGACGUGGUAGAGCAAAAAGGUUUGAAAGAAAGGAAACUCAUUAUUGAUUGUCCAACAAGAUGGAAUUCAACUUUUAAUAUGUUGUCUACUGCUUUGAAGUUCAAGAUUGCAUUUGCAUCCUACCAAGAAAGAGAGCCUCAUUAUGAUUUAGCCCCUUCACUUGAAGAAUGGAACAAAGUUGAGAAAGUUUGUAAAUUGCUAGAAGUGUUUAAUUAUGCUACUCAUGUGAUCUCAGGUAGUGAGUAUCCGACUGCAAAUUUGUAUUUGGCUGAAGUUUGGAAGGUGAAAGUAAUACUUGAUGAGGCAGAUGAAGAUGCAGAUCGCUUUAUGAGAGAAAUGGCAAGUCCAAUGAAAGCAAAAUUUGACAAAUAUUGGGGGGAGUGUAAUCUGUUGAUGGCUAUUGCUAGUGUUUUGGACCCUAGGUGCAAGUUUCAUAUGGUGCGUAUAUGUUUUCCCAAGAUAUAUAAAUCUCAAGAAGUUGCCGAUGAAAAUAUUAAGAAGGUCAGAUCUUCAUUGGAUGAGUUAUAUGAUGAUUAUGUAGCUCUAUCUUUGGCAGAUGCCUCUUCUUCUAAUGGUAAUUUGAAUAGUAACACUCAAUCAUCCUCCCAAGCGAAUGUUGCAGCUGUCAAAACUGGAUUUGAUGAAAUUAUGUGCCUUAUUCAAGAAAAUGUAGCUAUUAGUCCAAUGAAAUCAGAAUUGCAACAGUAUCUUGAUGAAGGUAUUUACGUUCCUAACACUACCUCCUUUAGUGCUUUGGAUUGGUGGAGGAACAACAGCAUGAAAUAUAAAAUCUUGUCUAAGAUGGCUGCUGAUAUAUUAGCAAUUCCAAUCUCAACUGUGGCAUCUGAGUCCACAUUCAGUGCCGGAGGUAGAGUUAUUGAUGAAUUUCGCUCUAGAUUAAGUGAAGAAUCUGUUGAAGCUCUCAUUUGUGGUGGGGAUUGGUUUCGUCACAAGUAUAAUGUGACUAAAAAUUCAAAGGUUGGAAAAGAGGAGAUACAAGUCAACUUGAAGAUUUGAUGUUAGACUUUGUACCUUGCGUUUUAGACGUGUUUUGCUUACACUUGAAGAGUCUUGAUUUGAAGAUCCAAUGUUUUGCUAAUUUAUAGUGUAUAUUUUGGUUGUUGGCUUGUUGCUGACUACACUUAGCAAACAAUUUGUAUUAUGGCGACUUUUCGUAAACCUUCUAAUAUUUUAUUAGUUUUUAA